AUGGAGUUAUCGGUGUUUAUGUGUUUUGGGUUGAAGAUUGAAGAGGAUCGAAUCAAAGCCCUAGCCGAUGUCCUCCAUCGCGUUCUAUUGUAUUCGAGUAGCCAAAACAAACUGAAUCAAUAUCCAUUAAAAUUGGGAAAAUUCAUCUAUCCUAAUCUAUGGAACCAACUCUCAACACUUCGAAACGAACUCGAAACUGCAAUAAUUCCUCUAAUUGAAGCUCGAUUCAACAACAGACGAGCCGAUACUGAACAAAGGAAGAACGAGUUAGAAUCAGAAUCAGAAACAAAAUCAGAGCAAAUUUUGCCAUAUCUUGAUACAUUGAUAAACCUACACUUACCAGAAGAGAAUCGGAAGCUUGAAGAAGGUGAAAUCAUCAGUCUAUGCGCGGAAUUUCUCAAUGGAAUCGUCCAUUCCACAGUAGUGGUGAUGGAGUGGGCAAUGGCAAACAUCGUAAAAUAUCCAGAAGUCCAAGAGAAGCUAUGGAGAGAGAUGAAUCAAGUAAUGAAUAUAACAUCAUCGAAAGAACACAUAACAGAGGAGGAUCUAAAGAAAUUGCCGUACCUGAAAGCGGUGAUAAUGGAAACGUUGAGGCGGCAUCCGCCAGGGCAUUUGGCUCUACCACACUUGGUGACGGAGGAGGUGGUGUUGGACGGAAAAUUUGUUGUGCCGGAAAAGACAACGGUGCAUUUUGCGGCAGCGGAGAUGGCGAGGAAUGGGGAGGUGUGGGAGGAGCCGAUGGAGUUCAGGGCGGAGAGAUUCUUGAGGAAAGAGGAAGAGGAAGAGGAAGAGGAGAUUUUGUCGGGGAAGAAGGAGAUUAGGUAUAUGCCAUUUGGAGGAGGGAGAAGAAUCUGCCCUGGGAUUGGGAUUUCGAUGCUUCAUUUACAGUACUUUGUGGGGAAUUUGAUAUGGUUGUUGAAAUGGGACGCCAUUGGUGAAGUUGAUCUUGAGGAAAAGCUUGAAGUUUCCAUUGUGAUGAAGACGCCAUUGGAGGCUCGCAUUUCAGCUCGCUAA